AUGAAAAACUUCUUCGUGCUACAGCGGAGUCUCUGGAGGAAGGAAUUCUUCCGAUUCUUGACUGAUGAGGAACUGAUUGACAAGAUCCGACCAAAGCAUAUGAGGUUCUUCAAUGAGCCUUGCGAACACAUCCCGGACCAUUCAUUUGUUCACAUGAUGUGGGAGGCUUCUGAAGAUGAGCGUACAACCGAUGGAGAGGAAGAAAACCAGCGCCCCGAUGAGCCGUCCAGCCGAGACAGAGACGAUGGUGACAGUGGCGCUGAAUGCGAAGAUCAGGAAGAGCCCAUCUUUCGUCUUAUCGACUAUCCAAAGGUCGAAGAAGAUGCUGACGGUUCUGAGACUAAGGAGGUUCUCGAUGACCCAAGUGCUAACAACUGGGCUAGCCGAAUGAGGUCACGCCUAAGAGAGCGAGCGUAG